UGUAGAAGUAAAUUGGGCGUUGUUGGCUUUAGUGGUAUACCUCAAUGAAAAAUACAAAUCGUAAAAAUGUGUUGUUUGGAAAGAUGUAAUUUACAUUUACGUGGACACGAGCAGUAGUAUACUCAUUUGUGUUUGAUACCUUACAAUGAAUUAAGUGUUACUUUUACGUAGUAUACUUUUCCAUUACACGUUUGAUUGAUUUUAUGCAAGACUAUUUAAAACAUAUAAGUAAUGCCGGAGCAAAGUAACGAUUAUCGCGUUGUAGUUUUCGGUGCAGGCGGUGUGGGUAAAAGUUCGCUGGUACUACGUUUUGUAAAAGGCACGUUUAGAGAGUCAUACAUACCGACAAUCGAGGACACGUAUAGACAAGUGAUAAGUAGUAACAAGACAAUAUGCACGCUGCAAAUAACGGAUACGACGGGGUCGCAUCAGUUUCCUGCGAUGCAGAGGUUAUCUAUCAGCAAGGGCCACGCGUUCAUAUUAGUCUACUCCGUGAGCAGUAGACAGUCUCUAGAGGAGCUUAAGCCAAUAUGGCAGACGAUAAAGGAGAUAAAGGGCGCCGAUCUGCCAAGUAUCCCCGUGAUGCUGGCAGCAAACAAGUGUGACGAAAGCCCAGAAAUCAGAGAAGUUUCUGCGAGCGAGGGGCAGGCACAGGCACAAAUGUGGGGCGUCUCCUUUAUGGAAACAUCUGCUAAAACGAAUCAUAACGUCACACAGCUUUUCCAGGAAUUAUUGAAUAUGGAAAAGAAUAGGAACGUCUCCCUUCAAGUAGAUGGCAAGGGAAAGAAAAAGAAAGACAAAGUAGUGAAAGACGGCGGCGAAGCUUCAGCGAGCGGAAGGGAAAAGUGCUGCGUCAUGUAGUGUUACAGCGGGUAACCCUUCAGUUUGUUAUGAGUAGGCCCAUUACCUUAUACCUAAUUAUUUAUUCAGUCACAUUAAAUCUAGUCAUUAUUAAUUCAUAUCUUGAUAAUUUCGCACGACAUAGCAUAAUUAUUGUAACGCAUAAUAUAAAUAACAUUAUAAGUACUAUAAUUAUGCCUUUAAAAUAAUUAUUAAUAAUAAAAUAUUGUGAUGAAACUGGACAGUCAUCAGAAUGCAUGUUUUGCUAAUAAUUAAAAAAAUAUUUACACUAGUUGACUUGUUUAAUAAUGACUGACGUGAUUCAUUAAUAAAGAGAUGAGGGGAUAUCCUGUAACGAUGGUGUGAAAAUACAACGAAAUGAAGUCUAUAAGGACUUGCUUUUAAUUGAUUUCAUAUCCCGAAUAAAGUUAGUCUUUAAUUAUCCGAUGCUAAAAUAUUGUGCAGU